AUGUUCAAUCAGGAUCAUAGGCAACUUAGCUCUCAGAUAAUGUGUCAACAUUUAAUGCCACUUGUUGAUAAGGACCCUUCAACUAAGGUGAGCGUCUGUAUCAGUGAGAUUGUGUCUGAAUUCAAAUUUACUCCGUCGUACAAGAAAACAUGGAUUGCAAGGAAUAAGGCUAUCGAACAGGUAUACGGUAACUGGGAGAAUUCAUACAAUGAGCUGCCACACUACUUGUUAGCUCUCAAGAAAUUUAUUCCUGGUACAGUGGUAGAAAUGCAAACACUUCCCGUAUACACAGAUGACGGAACUGUUGUCAAUGGAAAACAAAUUUUCCAUCGACUUUUCUGGGCAUUCCAACCAAGCAUAAAAGGGUUUGCAUAUUGCAAACCUAUACUUCAAGUUGAUGGUACCUGGUUAUAUGGUAAGUACAAAGGCACCCUACUAAUGGCGGUUGCUCAAGAUGGAAACAGUAAUAUCUUUCUAGUUGCUUUUGCUCUUGUGGAGGGGGAGACCGCGGAUGGUUGGGGUUUCUUUCUAAAGAACUUUAGAAUGCAUGUAGCCCCUCAUCCUGGCUUGUGUUUGAUUUCAGACAGGCAUGCAUCAAUUGAAAGUGCUUACAAUAAUCCAGAGAAUGGUUGGCAUGAGCCUCCAUCUGUACAUGUCUAUUGUAUCAGACAUAUCGCACAAAAUUUCAUGAGGGAGAUCAAAGACCGUACCCUCCGAAAAAAAGUUAUCAACAUGGGGUACGCUUUGAACCAACCAACAUUCCACUACUACCGAAAUGAAAUUGGUAUGGCUAAUGGUGAUGCUUUAAGAUGGCUAAACAAUAUUCCAUAG